CCUACAGACGGUCACACUGUGCACCAGUAGCGUAGACAAACUGAUGAAGUUCAAUAAAGUAGCGAAGCCGAAAAUCACAAGUGCCAGAAAUGAACUUUUGGACAUUGAGGAUUUGCCUAGCGUUGCAGCUGCAGCUGCGCCACGCUACUUUUCGCCUGUACAAACUCGCAAACAGCGUCAGGUGAAUUCGCUGCCCAAACCAAAUUUGCCCGCCAAAAAGGGGCGCCAAGAAAUCGUUUCAAAAACCACAAAAAUUGCAAUGGGAUCGGCAACAAUUAUCGCCUGUGAUAUUGUGCCAAAGGUCGAACUCCUCCCAGAGUGCAAGCUAGAAGUGAUGAGCGAAGAAGUCGAACCACAUAAAGAGUUCAAAGUAGAAAUUGCAGCUGUUAAAACUGAGCAGCAUCAGGAAAUUCCAAAUGCUAAUUGGUGGCAGCAUCUGGAAAACAUUCGUCUAAUGCGCUCCCAGAAACCAGCGCCAGUUGAUACUCUAGGCUGUCAUCAGUGUGCCGAUAUUAAUGCCGAUGCAAAGACGCAACGCUUUCACAAAUUGGUAGCUCUAAUGCUGUCCAGUCAGACAAAGGAUGAAACCACUUUUGAGGCGAUGAAACGUUUGAAGGCGCAAACUUUAACACCUGCCAGCAUGCAGAGCAUGCCAGUUGGUGUGCUGGAGAACCUGCUGCACCCAGUCAGCUUCUAUAAAAACAAAGCAAAGUACUUGAAGAAAACCUCACAAAUACUAGUAGACAAGUACAACGAAGACAUUCCAGAUAACAUACCGGAGCUACUGAAGCUGCCCGGUGUUGGUCCUAAAAUGGCGCACAUUUGCAUGGCGACCGCUUGGAAUCAGAUUACCGGCAUUGGCGUCGAUACCCAUGUGCAUCGUAUUGCCAAUCGCUUGGCCUGGCUAAGCAAGUCCACCAAGGAGCCAGAGCAAACGCGCAUUCAGCUGGAGACCUGGUUGCCCCGUCAGCUGUGGGCCGAGGUUAAUCAUCUAUUCGUCGGUUUUGGCCAGACGGUUUGCACCCCACUCAGGCCCAACUGUUCCGAGUGCCUCAAUAGAGACAUAUGUCCCGCUUCUGCGCUGGCCAAGAAAAGUGAACCGAAAUCAAAAACUAAACUUACCAUUUAAAGGUCAACUUGAUUGUCAUUACUAUUUUUACAUGAGAAAAUCAAUUGGAAAAUUUGUAAUCUCUAAAAGACUAUCGUGUGAUAUAUGCUUCAAAAUGAUUUUGCUAUUCUUAGGCUUAAGUAAAAAUCAUAAGUAAAAAUGCAUAUAAAAUUAUAAAUAAAA